GGCACACGUUGAUCUUCCCCAUGGAUACAAAGGCUGAACCUCUUUGGGUAAAGCAUUGCAGCAUGUAGCCAGCUUCCUUGCCCCAAACCCCUCCACUGUAUACACUCACAUGUCGUUCGCAUUCUCCUUCGGUUCCUUUGGGGAUAUCCUUGCCCUCAUCGAGCUCGCUGCCAAGGUCGCUCAUAUCUUGACCAGCACAUCUGGCGCAUCCGAGAGUUAUCAGGCUCUAAUCUUGGACGUCACCCGACUGCAGCACUUUCUACAACAGUUAAACAGUUUCUCCCGUCACCGCAAUGUCACGAUUCUGAAGAGUCAACUUCUUUCUCCCGAGGAUGUUGCUUCGGCGAUCAAAGAAUGUACUCGUAGUCUAGAGCGGAUUCUGCAAAGGGUGACUUACUACAGGUCUUUUGUUGAAUCUCGAUGUGGUUCUUCUGUUCAUAACUCCUGGAGACGGACAUGGAUGACAUCUGGAUGGAUGCUUUUGAAGAGUAGGGAGAUUGCAGAAUUCCGAGCCGAGUUGUUGCAACACAACACGUUGCUUGCUAGGAUACUGUCUGCCAUGAGCUGCGAAUCCAUACAAGUUGUCCAGAAUGUUGCAAUGGAGACAAGUAGUCAUGUUGGAGACGUCUUGAGCAACACUACGAUGAUUAACUCCAACUUGAACGUCGCAUUGCAGAUCCUCCAUAACCUUGACCAGAAUAUUUCGGCCACGAUCGUACGAAACUGGACUGCAGAUGGUGCAUCACCCGUUCGAGUCCAAGACUACUUUGGAAAGAUGUCUGUGCUACCCAGGCAAACGUGUUUCACACCAGAAGAACUCUGCCAAUUCAUCAUACACUGUAACAACACUUCACCAGAGAACACAGGUGGAUGUCAUGCACUCGGCUCAGCGAUAUCGGGAUGUUGGGGUCAUUGCGAUGAAUGUGGUCAUGUCUCACACGACUGGUUCAUGCUACAAGAUUACUUAACCUACCAUCCAAACGCGCCAUUACUGCUGGAGAUUUACUUCCGUGCGAGUGAAUGCAGACACGAAGGGCCUCUCCUUGCCAAACCGCCCAGUGAACUAGGCUGGAGGUUAUCAAGUACCGACAGCCACUCACUUGGAUUCCUCCGAGACUACCGUGGUCCUGUCGUGGAGCUAGGAUUCUAUGGCGAUUAAGAUCGAUAUCGCCCUACCGUCAUUCAAUACAGAGUCCGAUUGAGACUUCCACCGAGGCGAUAUUGGUCUUCUUAGAUCCAGAAGGAACACUGCUCCGAAGGCUAUGUUCUGUCUCUCAAACUGCUACGUUGGAGGUUGCCUUCGAGAAUGUGGACAUUGUCCGGAUGUGGAAGUAAGCAUUGUAGAACAGGCUACUUAUGCCGCCCUGCAAGGAUGAUCAUAAUUAAUGGUACUGCGAUAGUAUCCAUUAGGCUUUAGUAUGAUAGAUAGAGUAGCUAGUGAGACAUAUGAAGGAUAUCAUUUCAUUUGGGUUCCAUAUACUUCUACAUGAAAUCGUCAGGGCCUUCACCAAAGUCAUCUAAAGC